ACCUGGAGGACUCGGGCUGCUUGGGGCCCAUCGGGCUGGCCGCUUUGCGGGAGGAGCGUGGAGCCCGCAUGUCAGCCCGACACGCCUUCCUCCUCCUCCGGCUCCUGCUCGAUCUUAUCCCUCCGACUGACGCGCCGCUUGCUGCCCGGGAGCUGGGGGUGGUCGCCGACGACAGCAAUGGAGGAUUUGUCCGAGUCUACGGACGGCGAGCUAGCCGAUGGAGUGCAGGAACCGCUGCAGGAGACAGGUUAGAUGCCAGUUGUAUGUAAGGUAGAUGGUAGGUUUGCAUACAGGUCGAACUUGGUGUUGAGCUGCACUGCAUAUAGGCCAAGGAAGCUCUGAAGGUAUCCAUAGUACUACUACUUUGCAAGACACAAAGGAGCAGGAAGCAAAAGAAGGAAAGGCGGCUCUUGGAUCCGCUGAACCGAUGAGGGAGGAACUGGUUCAGAGUGCUGUUGGAUUUCUGAAACACCCGAAAGUAGUAGCCUCUUCUGAUGUCCAGAGACGAUCUUUCCUUGAAAACAAAGGACUCACUGUGGAUGAAAUAGAUGAAGCAUUUCGACGUUUGCAAAGGCCAUCUUCUGAUUCUGUGAGCUCAAAUGCAUGCACAUCUCAAGGGGUAUUUGAUCACUCGUGCGGGAUUACUCAGCAGGAAACUACAUUUGGCACAAAGUGCACGGAUGGCUCAGAGAAGCCUGAACCUGAAACUGAACCUGUGGCCCCUGUGGUGCCCCGUCACCCAAAAUCAUAUAUGGAGAUCAUGGAAAUGAUAGAAAGGGGAGAGCAGCCAGAUGAUAUCCAGGAUAUUAAUGAUGACCCUCCAAACCCUAAUCAACCAAUCUCAGAAGCCCGUAUGGCACCCAAGCCCAAGCCAUGGGAAAAGCAUGAUCAAGAAAGUUCCACCUGGGAUCUGAAAUCUCUAUCAAGUGACUCCAGCGAUUCGAGAUCAGAAGUUGGGAAAGAUAGCACUAGCCAGGCUACGGAGUCGGCCAGCGGCUCCAAGCAUGGGGACUCACUGCUCCAGGCGGAAGUAGUCGCGGGUUCUGAAUCUCCCACAGAUGAUGCUGCCUCUUCGAAGUAGUAACCGCAAAAACACACGGUGAUGUAAUCAAACAUGAUGAAAAGAAAAUAAUUUGUCUCGGCCUAUAGCUGGCUAAAGAUUCUCCAGAUCCCAUUAUCA